AUGGCAGGGCGACGACGAGAAGACGACUCUUACACGAAUGGAUCAGUGUCAGUGGUCGAGGUCGUGUCCAUGGAGGAAGGCAGAAACAAGGACAAGGAGCAGGUGCAGGACGAUCACCACCUGCAGGCUGACGACGACGACGACGGCGACGUCGUGGUGUGUGGCGUGCCCGUGGAAGUCACCUUCCUCCAGAUGCUGCUCGCCGAGUUCUUGGGCACGUACUUCCUGAUGUUCGCCGGGCUGGGCGCCAUCACGGUGGAGCAGAAGAAGGGCGCGGUGACGCUCCCGGGGGUGGCCGUGGUGUGGGGCACGGUGGUCAUGGCGAUGGUGUACGCCGUAGGCCACAUCUCCGGCGCCCACCUCAACCCGGCCGUCACCGUCGGCUUCGCCGUCGCCGGCCGCUUCCCGUGGAGGCAGACGCCCGCGUACGUUCUGGCGCAGACGGUCGCCGCCACGGCCGCCAGCCUGGCGCUGCGGCUCAUGUUCGGCGGGCGGCACGCGCCGGUGCCGGCCACGCUGCCGGCGGGCACCGACGUGCAGUCGCUCGCCGUCGAGUUCGUCAUCACCUUCUACCUCAUGUUCGUCAUCAUGGCCGUCGCCACGGAUGACCGAGCGGUCGGGCACAUGGCUGGGGUGGCGGUGGGCGGAACCAUCAUGCUCAACGUGCUGUUUGCCGGGCCGGUGUCGGGGGCGUCGAUGAACCCGGCGAGGAGCGUCGGGCCGGCGUUGGUGGGGAGCAAGUACACGGCGCUGUGGGUGUACAUCCUGGGGCCGUUCGCCGGCGCGGCGGCCGGAGCCCGGGCUUACAACUUCGUCCGCCUCACCGGCGACAGCGAGGGCGAGGUCACCAAGGGUGGCGCCGGCCGGACCGCCUGAGGAGAUCGACCAGUGCGCCCACGAAUCACACGAGUACGAAUCCCAAGUUGGGCCAUAUAUGUAAUGUAGCGAUGUAAAAUCAGCCCAUAUAUGUGCAUAUGGUAAGUUAAAAUUAUCAGACAAAUACAUCAAUGAAGGGAAUAUCCGCGGUGUUUUGUUGGUCUAUUGGCGAGGCUAGGAUACAUGGGAUUAAUUAAUAUUUAUAUUUAAAUU